AUGCGAUUUGGGAAGAAGGGUAAGUGGAGCCCAAGGUUUAUUGGCCCUUUUGAGAUUCUUCGUCGCGUUGGUGAGGUGGCUUAUGAGUUGGCUUUGCCACCAUAUUUGGCAGGUGUUCAUCUGAAUCUGUCCUUCGAGGAAGAGCCGGUAGCAAUCUUAGAUAGGCAAGUGAGAAAGCUGAGGUCCAAGGACAUUGCUUCGAUCAAGGUGCAGUGGAAGCACCGUCCAAUCGAGGAGGCAACUUGGGAGACCGAGGCGGAUAUGCGAAGUAGAUAUCCUCGUUAUUCGACAGUUCAGGAAACAUGUCCCUUGACAUUAACUAUGGUAUUAGUAUUUGGUGGAAAUGCACUUAAGUAG